UGUUCUGUUACAGUUUACGCAGAGAGAAUCGGCUAGGUUCAUUAUCGAUCCAUGUCUCAAUUUCUCCUCAAAACGAUUCUUUAUGGGUGUCGUACUGUAAGAACUUCACCAAAAAUCAGUCAUCUGGGUUUUCUGGGAGACCCAAAUGGUAUUGUUCUCAGAUGGAUCUCAAGCAGUUCGAAUCAGCAAUCUUUUACGGUGUCUUACCUCAAAAACUCACUUGGGUUAUCUUCACAAGCUGCUUUAUCAGUUUCCAAGUAUGUUAAGUUUGACUCUCCUGAGAAACCUGACAAAGUCAUAAAGUUUUUCGAGGAUCGUGGCUUCACUAUGACCCAAAUAUCAUGUCUGGUAAGAGCUUUUCCGAGAGUGUUUUCAUAUAAUACCCAUGAAAACAUUUUGCCGAAAUUAGAAUUUUUUGAAUCCAAAGGCAUUUCAGGCCCUGAAAUAGCUAAAAUGGUGUCUUUAUUUCCUACUGUCUUGGCAAGAAGCUUACAUAAUCAGAUACUGCCCUCUUAUGAUUACAUGAGGGGUUUGUUUCAAUCUGAGGAGAAGCUCAUUAGAGCUAUUAAAAGAUGUCCUGACAUCCUCAGAUACAACAUUGAGAAAAAUUUUUCGCCUAAAAUUGAUAUUUUGCGAGAACAUGGAGUGCCUGACUCCAACAUAGCUACUCUGAUGCUUAACUGGUCUAAAACUUUUAUGGUGAGUCGGGAUAGUUUCCGAAAGACUGCGCAGAAAGUUGAGGAUAUGGGGUUUGAUGCUUCGAAGGUGAAGUUUGUUUUAGCAGUGGUUGCAUUUUGGACGAUGGACGAGUCAAAGUGGCAAAGCAAGAUUAAAGCGUAUAAGAAGUGGGGUUGGUCUGAAGAUGAGAUUUUGAAAGCCUUUAAAAAGAGUCCUUGGUGCAUGAUGGUAUCUGAAGAUAAGCUUAUGGCAUCUAUGGAUUUCCUCAUCAACCAAAUGGGUUGGAAGCCCUGCCUUAUGGCUGAAUACCCUGUAAUCUUUACUGUGAGCUUAAAGAAGAGAAUAGUCCCGAGGUGCUCGGUUUUUCAAUAUUUGUUGUCGGAAGGUUUGGUGGAGAAGGAGGUCAGCAUUGGUACGUUAUUGAAAGUUCCGGAGGAGAAGUUUUUGCAGAAAUUCAUUGCGCCUUAUGUGAAGAAAGCACCAAAGCUUUUAAAGUUGUACAGGGAAAAAUUGGAUCUUUCAAGUGGAUCAGAGAGUGAUGAGAAUGUACCUUUCAAUAAUGGAAUUCCUUAAGUUGAGGUCCAAGACUGGAGCUUUUAUCGGCAAUUCUUGUGCGAAUCAAAUCUGGUGGUGUCAACAACCUAGUCUUUGAAAUCGAUUUUCCUUGCCUGCUUGCCUAUGCAUUCACUUAAUAUGCAAUUCUUUGCAUUCAGUUUAUAAACUAUUCAAGUAUCUUUUUGAGACUAAAUUUUGUCAUAUUUUUACAUAUAAUUUUGAAAAGCAUUUGGACUACAUUUUGCCUCCCAAAUUGGUCAUGACUCGUGAAUAACCAUGAAAAUCUUAGCAGUUCUGU